AUGGAAAAUGAAGAUAGUAUCGGUCAAACUCUCGAUAUCUGGGGCAUUGGAAAGCGAAUAGUGCAAAUCAUGGUUUUGAAUAACCGCACCAUGAACUGCAUGGGCUUUCCCACUCACCAUGCCAUAUACGACCGUCAUUCAAUCCACGAGAUCUUCCGCCAGUUUGACGAACCCCCUAAGCCGUUCGUUCAAUACUACAACGAUAUCAAUAAAGGGAAUCACUCGACAUGGGUUGAAAAGCUACGCGAUUUCAAGGGACCACUAUUUCCCGAUCCCUCGCUAGCACCCGAAGGACAUACGAUCCUAACCGACGCCAACCUUCAAUCCAUCAUUCCAAGAGGCCCCCAGCAUUCCUGCUUCACCGUUAGCAACAUGUUUCGUCUCGCCCUGGCACUUACCCACGCUCGCCAGACUGGAUCUCUAGACGUGGUCUUCCACGCCGGAGUAUCCAGUCGAGGAAUCCCCGUCCCAAACGUCCGGACGCUAACCAACCCAUAG